ACUUAAUUCUGAACUUUGCGAGUAACGCGACUAAGAAGAUCUCGGAGUCUGUGGCCGAGACGGCGCAGAACAUCAAGAAGACGGUGGAGGAGAGCAACAUCGACGGCAUCAUCGACAAGACCAUCCUGGGAGAUUUCCAGAAGGAACAGGAGAAAUUUGUGCAAGAGAAAAAUGCAAAGAAAACAGACGCAGCGAUGCCGCCCUGGGUCGGAUACACCGAGGAGGAGACCAUCCAGCAGCAGAUCCUGGCGUUAUCCGCCGACAAGAGGAACUUCUUGCGUGAUCCUCCGGCUGGAGUGCAGUUUCACUUCGACUUCGAUCAGAUGUUCCCGGUCGCCCUCGUGAUGCUGCAGGAGGACGAGCUGCUCAACCGGAUGCGCUUCGACCUCGUCCCCAAACAGGUGAAGGAGGACGUGUUCUGGAGGAAUUACUUCUACCGGGUGUCUCUGAUAAAGCAGUCGGCUCAGCUCACGGCUCUCGCGGCUCAGCAACAGGCGGAGGAGAAGAACUCAAGCGCUCCCCUCGACCAAACUCUCUCGGAGUCCAUCAGACCGAAAACUCCUCCUGUCGCCAUCAGCACCAAACCCAAGCCCGCCGAGGAGGAGGAGGAUAUCUCCACCAGCCCCGGCGUGUCCGAGUUCGUGAGCGACGCGUUUGACGCCUGUGACAUCAACCAGGAGGACCUGAGGAAGGAAAUGGAGCAGCUGGUGUUGGACAAGAAGGACGAAGAGACUGCCGACUGGGAGAAGGAACUGCAGCAGGAGCUUCAGGAAUACGAGGUGGUCGUCGACCCGGAUAAUCGAGACGAUAACUGGGACCGUGAGAUCGAGGAGAUGCUGCAGGACGACAGCUAAAUCGCAACAGCGCCCCCUCUGGUGUGGAGGACACUGCAAAUGAAAUCCGUUUCGUUGUUCUAUGAGAAUGUUUAUCAUAAACAUGAAUGAAAUGUGAUGUUUAGCAGUCGAAGGGUUCAUUCGGUGAGGUGCUGACAUGCACAGUAACUAAGAAACGGUCCCUCUCUCUGAUCAUAGUUAGCGAGAACAUGUAAAUCAGACGUAAUUUUGCUGAUUUAUCUUUUCUUUCUGACUAAUUUCUGCCAUGAAUGGCCUUCUUUCAGAGGUGUAAAUACAAACCAAAACUCAAAAAGCUGGAGAUUUAUUAUAUUUUAAAUCGUGUACAAAUAUCAUCCCGACACAUUUACUGGAGAAGCAAAAUUAUGAUUUUUAUUUAUGAUUAAAACGUGAACAAAAGUCUGUCUGUGGGGUGACUUUGUUCCUGUUUUAAUUAUAAACUCACUUAAUUUUGCAGACAGCUAGAGUUAAGAUCUUAAGUCAUUUUGCUUUUCCAGUGAAUGUAUAUUGAUUUAAAAAUGUUUCGAUGUUUGUACUGGAAAACUAGUCAAAAAUACUAUAAAUAAUACAUUUUUGCAAUGCUCAAACACUAUAAGUGCACAUAUCGGGGUUUUCUGACUGGUUUUUGACUGCUUCUCAUUCCUUAUUUGUUUUUUAAUGUCGAUUAUUCGAUAUUUGUACUCUGGUCAUCAUGUGGCAGGAUUUGGUAAAGUUAAAAAAAAUGUUUGGUUUCUCUCUUGAGAUAAAAUACAUGUUUAAUCAAACAAUAUUUACAAUAUGUUUGUAAGGUGAGAGCUUUAGUAUAACUUUGUGUUUGUUUGUUUGUAUUUUCAACUUGCACCUUGUCUUAUUACUUAACAGAUGAAUAAUCAUGAUUUUGUUGCCGUCAAUAAAAUCUUUGUCUCUAAAAAGCU